AUGCUACACGCAGGUAUUGACGCUCUUUUUGGUCGUAAUCGCGAUGGUCAUCGAACAAGACAUAUAUUUCAUUUGCGACGUCGUCAUCAUAAUCAUGAUCAUGAUCAUAAAGAUGAACACUAUGAUUUAUCAAAAUUCUUUUUGGAGAAGCCACAGUUGGAUAAAUUAUCAAUACAUGAUUCUACGUUUGCUUUUGGAGCAAUGCAAGGAUGGCGAUCAACCAUGGAAGAUAAACAUAAACAUUUAAUACCAUUUGAUAAUCAUGCAUGGAAAUCCUGGUCUUAUUUUUCAAUAUUUGAUGGACAUAAUGGUCUUGAUACAGCACAAAAUGCAUCAGAACAACUGGAUAUUCAUUUAUUAAAUGAGCUUAAUCAUAUGCUUGAUAAUCAACAUACUAAUGUAGCCAUACUCGAUACUGAUGAAUCUCGUAGAUCAUCACAAAUUGAUCUAGAUCAAUUGUACACUGCUAUUAAACAAACAUAUUUUGAGUUAGAUAAAGAUUUACGAAAAAUAGUUAAAGAUGACAGUGGUUGUGUAUGUAUAACAUGUCUUAUCAGUCCAGAGAAAAUAUAUUUAGUUCAUAUUGGUGAUUCGCGUGGUAUUAUUAUUUCUAAUGAUGGCUAUGUUUUAGCACAUACGGAUGAUCAUAAACCCGAAGAUCUCGCUGAACAAGAACGCAUUCGCGAAGCUGGUGGUAAAAUAUCUAAGUCAUUUAAUGGUGGUGUCUUACGUGUAGAAAAUCAAUUAGCUAUGACUCGAGUAUUAGGAGAUUUUGCUAUGGAUAAACAUGUUGUCCCACCUAUGGCAGAUAUUAUUGAAUAUCCUAGAAAUUCUUUAGCAUCGUUUAUUAUUUUGGCGUGUGACGGAAUUUGGGACGUCAUGACAAACGAAGAAGUUGCUUUAUUUGUUAUACAUCGGGCAUCAGCAAAUAAACUAGAAGAUAUUGUGUCACAAUUAUUGGAUGAAUGUUUACGAAGAAAAAGUACAGAUAAUAUGAGUGUGUAUAUCGUAAAAGUGUAG